AUGUCGAUGCCCGAUAUCAGUGGAAUGCCUAUGAAUUUCUCGGCAUUCAAGAUAGAGCCUCCCUAUAAAACCAAAAACCGAGUGAUCCAACGAGAGAUUCCGGAAGAGUUGAAGCAUGCAAAGACCUUGGGCGAAAUCUAUGCCGCUCUCGUGAAAAUGCAAAUGAAUCUGAUGUCUCUCGAUAUAUUUGAUGAUGUUCGAUUCGUGUUGGAUGUUCCCGACUAUAUGCAGUUUGAUCCGAACGCUGUCAUGGUGCGCAUGUUUUUGAAAGAGAAAAGACCAGUCAUGCUCGGUGUAGGUGGUUCGUUCAGUUCCACGGCGACGGAUGCCUCUCUUGAGGGAAAUCUCGAAGUGGUGAAUGCCACGGGCUAUGCCGAUCGUUUGGUGUCCCGCGUGAACUUCGACGUGCUUCGCAAGAGCUCGCUCUACAGCAUCAAUCUCCUGGUUCCCAAAUCGAUCUUCGGUCAUCACCUUAUUUUGGAUUACACGAAAUCCAUCCGCGACUACCUCAAAGAAAGCAGUGUGAGCUGCCUCUCCGACGGCGUCACGCUUUCCCUCCAGCACCCUUCCCGCCUCUACAGCUUCGCCUACAGCCUCGCUUGGCGGGACAUGCUUCCCGCCUCCAACGUCGACGUCGACGUCGAGCGCCGCUCGCUCCAGCACGUGAGCCGCGCCAUGCUUCGCCAAUGCCGCCCUUCCCUCAAAUCCACGCUUUCCGCCUCCAUUUCCCUCGAUUCCCGCGAUAAUCCCGUGCUCCCCACCUCCGGAUCCUCCCUCCGCCUCCAACUGGUUUCCACGUUUCCACGAUUCGACGGUAGGCGUACAGCGGGCUCCUCGGCGACGUGA